GCGGCAUUUUGGCGAGCCCACAGUUUUGAGGGCUAGUAUUCACAAGCAUCACCAGCAAAAGUCCAAAGACGAAUACCUUGGCCAAAAAACAGCACGAUAUCGACUCCAAGUCCAGCACUUUACGCCCAUUCUCUCGCAGUUCUCGUCAUGUCCAACGUUUCCGCCGAUCUGAUCUGGGAGGUUGUCCGCAGCCAGAAUGCCUUCCUUGAGAAGCGCAAGACUGGCGGCGGCAUCCAGUUCUCCCGCGACCCCAUGAACCUGGUUAACAAGCACUCGCGCAAGCACGCCGGCUUCGUCAACAACAAGGCCAUCGGUGUCCAGGCUGGUGAGAAGGGUGCUGUCGUUGUCACCUCCAAGAAGGCCGACGCGGCCAACAAGCCCGCCAGCCAGCUCUCCAGCGUCGCCCACAGCGGUAACAAGAACGCCAGGAGCACCUACAAGGCUGUCGCCAACAGGACCGCCAAGAGCGGCUACCGCCCCGACCUGCGCCAGGCCGCCGUCGCCCGUGCCAGCGCCAUCCGCAAAUCUCAGAGGACCCCCAAGGCUGAGCCGGAGAAGAAGCUGCGUGGAAACGCGGCGAAGAAGGCUGCCGAGUAAAUUUGUCGUUAAGGGUUGAUGACGUUUGGGGCCGAGAUAUGAGUUAGUGGUUCCCUCGAAAGACCCGAAGGACCGCUGGGGGCGUUAUGAUGGGAAAGAAGUGAUUUAACUGGGCUGGGGACGUCGAUCGAUAUAGUCGUCCCGUCGGCUUGAAAUCACAUGAUAUCAGCCCGUCUGAGGGGCAUGGGAUCUCGAACCAAGGCUGGUUCCGCCUUGAAAAGCUCGGAUGUGCCUACCUAGAUGUGGCCUAUGAUUGAACAAAAGAAGAAAAAAAAUUCACGCCAGAUAUGCCAUAUAUGACAGGGGCUACUAUCCGGGCCGCUGUGACAGGUGAUUUAUGAGACUUUGCGAUUCCUGUCCUAUCUAUCUACUCAUC